AUGCAGAUGCACGAAUCGCCAGCAGGGCACGUAAUCAUGUUUCCGUUUGUGCAGAAUCUUCCUUCUGUACAACCUGAGGAGCACGUGCAAGCCGAUCCGGUAAUCCCGUCGCCACUGCCACCAUGUGAGUCUGCGUCCUCAUUCGCGGGUGUCUCCUCCGGAGUACCAGAGCUCUCGAUCUCCGCGAUGGGAAUGUCUGCAGCAUUUGCAGUUUCUUCAGAGAAGCAUACUGUGCUCUCACCUAUUUGCACGCACACUUCUCCAGCUGUCGAACAAUCGGCGCUAGACGUGCAUGCCUCAAGUCCACCUGAAGGUACACAUAUGCAAGUCUCGCCAGAAGAGCACGUGUCGAUGUUCUCUAUGUCUGUACAGCUUCUUCCACCCGCACAUUCCGAUGAGCUCGUGCAGAUCGCACCAGUAAUCCCGUCACCACUACCGCCGCUGGAGCCAGGGUCAUCAGUGGUGUCGACACCCACGAUAGGAAAGUCUGAAGCAGUCGCAGUUUCUUCAGAAAAACACACUGUGCCCCCACCUAGUUGCACGCACACUUCUCCAGCUGUCGAACAAUCGGCGCCAGACAUACAUACCUCAAGUCCGUCCGAAGGUAAACAUAUGCAAGUCUCGCCAGCAGAGCAGGUGUCAAUGUCUCCGUUUGUACAGAUUCUUCCAUCCGCACAUUCCGUAGAGUUCGUGCAAAUAGAUCCUGUAAGCCCGUCACCUCUCCCGCCAUUCGAUUCUGCGUCAUCAGUUGCGGGUGACUCCUUGGGAGAGGAGUCAGGUUGA